GAUAUUGUGGUGGGCAACUACGCUACCCUUCAGCUGCGACCCUAGACGCCUCCUGAACCUUGCGGCGACCGCGGGGAAGUGAUGAUGAUGGUCUUAUUUGGAGAGCGGGUUUUGCUGCUUUUGGAAAAAAGACCAGCUGUCGGUCGCCGGCUAUAGCGCGGACCGCCGCUUGCCUGCAGUGCUCAAAACAAUGUUUCAGCACCGCCAAACGUCACAGAUGGCUUACGGCUAUCAAAGAUGGAGGACUAUCACAAACUCAAAGUUGUCUGCAAUUGCUUGUCGCCGCCAUGCCGCGGCGCCAUCGCGUGAAGCGCCGCCGCGAUGGGCCUAAACAGUGCGCCGAAGGAUUUAUUUCCUGAGAGGUGGCCUCACCGCGGGCUACUCAAGUCGGACGACGACGUCGCGUCGCGCGUCUUCGACCCCAGCAAUUGGCUAGCCGCUGCUCUCGAAGCGCCGUGCAGAGCUGUUAGGGAGCUCCCCCCGUCGUCGGCAUGCCGGCGAAAACAGCUACGCGACGACCUCUCGGCGGCCCUGGCUCUGAAGCGGACCCUCUACUACGACCCGUGGGCCGAAUACUACUGGUGUCUGUUAACGGAGAAGCUGGGGAGGAACCCAUUCUGCGUCGUCAUCGAUGGGCGACACGAGCUGCGGGACGGGAAGUUUCUGCCGCUGCGAGGCGCCCCGAGGUGCGCGCAGCGCCCCGGCCGCUUUAGCGCCCGCUCUCGAGGCCGUCAACGCCUCGCGCGGGCGAAGGCCGACGCCGCCGUCUGCGCCGCGAGGUGGGCAGCGGUCGCUCGCGCCGAGCGCCGGCUCGAAGAGAGGAACGCGGCUCUGGCCCGGACGCGCGCGGCUCGCGCCGCUUUGCCCGCCCCGCGGCUCGAACGGGUGUCUGACCCUUCGCGUCGCGGGGAUGGGAAGUCGAAAAGGCGCUCGCGGCAGAGAAGGGCGCGGGAAGCGGAGAAGGAGCUGCGGGCCCUCCUGCGCAAGGCGCAGCGCGUCGUCGUCGACGCGCAGAAGGCGGACCGAAAGGCGCGCGCCAAGGAAUGGCGCGAUGCUGAGGCCGACGCGAUUCGGAAGAAGCGCGCUGCGGCGGCGUGCAAGGGCUCGGUUGCUGCGGCUCGGCCCAAGAGAGCCGUCCGGCAGGCCGCGCCCGCCGAAGCUCAUGGGUCGCGCACCGCGUCGUCGUCGCCGCCGUUUGGCGCGGUCUGGGCGGCGCUGGCCGCGCUGUGGGCGUGCGCGACGACUACUGCUCCGGCGCGCUCGAGCGUCGCUGCCGGAAUUCGCGAGGCGGUCGGCGGCGGCGCUGGCGCGCCGUGUUUUAUUAGUGCGACGGGCAUUGAUGUCGCCCAGCCGCUCGUCGUGUGGAGUGGCGCCGCGGCCGCGGUUGUUCUGAGGUGGGCGGGCAACCUCGAGCAUUUUAUUGGUUUACGUCUCUUGAGGGUCGGCGGCUUCGUGGACGUGCCGCGUUUUAGUGUUAUGACGGGCGUGGCCGUCGGCCUACAGCUGACUGUGUGGGGAGACGCCGCGGAAGCUAUACUUGUGGUGAGGCGCGAGGUCCAUCGACGGCGUGUCGGUGGCAUAGGUAUCGCGGCGGUCGACGGCGCCGUCGACGUGUUGCGUUUGGAUAGUGGGAGGGGCGCGGGCGUCGGCCCGGUGCUUCUUAGGUGCGGCGGCGCCGCGGAAGCUAUACUUGUGGUGGGGAACGAGGUCCAUCGACGGCGUGUCGGUGGCAUAGGUAUCGCGGCGGUCGACGGCGCCGUCGACGUGUUGCGUUUGGAUAGUGGGAGGGGCGCGGGCGUCGGCCCGGUGCUUCUUAGGUGCGGCGGCGCCGCGGAAGCUAUACUUGUGGUGGGGAACGAGGUCCAUCGACGGCGUGUCGGUGGCAUAGGUAUCGCGGCGGUCGACGGCGCCGUCGACGUGUUGCGUUUGGAUAGUGGGAGGGGCGCGGGCGUCGGCCCGGUGCUUCUUAGGUGCGGCGGCGCCGCGGAAGCUAUACUUGUGGUGGGGAACGAGGUCCAUCGACGGCGUGUCGGUGGCAUAGGUAUCGCGGCGGUCGACGGCGCCGUCGACGUGUUGCGUUUGGAUAGUGGGAGGGCGCGGGCGUCGGCCCGGUGCUUUUAGGUGCGGCGGCGCCGCGGAAGCUAUACUUGUGGUGGGGAACGAGGUCCAUCGACGGCGUCGGUGGGUAGAUCGCGGCGGUCGACGGCGCCGUCGACGUGUUGCGUUUGGAUAGUGGGAGGGGCGCGGGCGUCGGCCCGGUGCUUUUAGGUGCGGCGGCGCCGCGGAAGCUAUACUUGUGGUGGGGCGAGGUCCAUCGACGGCGUGUCGGUGGCAUAGGGGUCGCGGCGGUCGACGGCGCCGUCGACGUGUUGCGUUUGGAUAGUGGGAGGGGCGCGGGCGUCGGCCCGGUGUUUAGGUGCGGCGGCGCCGCGGAAGCUAUACUUGUGGUGGGGAACGAGGUCCAUCGACGGCGUGUCGGUGGCAUAGGUAUCGCGGCGGUCGACGGCGCCGUCGACGUGUUGCGUUUGGAUAGUGGGAGGGGCGCGGGCGUCGGCCUAGGGCGCGUCGGGUACGGCGGCAUGCAGAUCUUCGUCAAGACCCUCACGGGCAAGACCAUCACGCUCGACGUCGAGCCGUCCGACACGAUCGACAGCGUGAAGCAGAAGAUCCAGGACAAGGAAGGCGUCCCGCCCGACCAGCAGCGCCUCAUCUUCGCCGGUAAACAGUUGGAGGAUGGCCGCACACUCUCGGACUACAACGUCCAGAAGGAGUCGACGCUGCACCUCGUGCUGCGCCUUCGCGCCGGUACACGGGACGAUGAUAGAGCCAUGGAGACUACGCCCACGGCGCCUCCGCCUACGCCCUCGACGGACGCGGCGCCGCCCGACUCGAUGGAGACGUCGCCGCCCGACGGCCAUCGCCCGUCGGACACGGACGACUCGCCGUCCGAGACGCAGUUCGACCAGGACGACGCCAUCAUGACGGACUCGGUCGCGCACGACGCCGGCGACGCGAACGGGACGACGGGCGACGCGUCCGACACGAUAGUGCUGCCGGCCGGCGCCGCGGGCAUCGACCGCUCGAGCGGCGCCCUCGCGCGCGCGGCGGAUCCCGUGCGGCGCGCGCGUGCGGCGGCCGCAGCCGCCCAAGCAACGGCCGUCCUGCCCGAUGAAGUCGGGCUGAGCCAGUACGAGCGCGAGCGGCACGGCCGCAUCGCCCGCAACGAGGCGUUCAUGCAGUCGCUCGGCCUCGGCGGAGGCCUCGCCGGCAAGCCAAAGGCGAAGCGGCGCCGGACCCGCGCGACGAAGGAGCCACAGGAAGCUACGAGGAAGUCGGCGCGCCUCGAGGAGGCCAAGGACAAGCUGGCCAAGGCCUUGGAAGAGGAGGCGGCGCAGGACGCCCUCGACGACGAGGUGGCGGCAUGCUCAAGAGCAGCGGCAGGCGGUGCCGCCCCUGCACAGCUGGACGGCACGCCCGAGGACGACGUGCCGGAGGAUUGGGAGCGAGAGAUCCCGGUCGAGGAUAUGGUCGAGGACGGCGACGACUCCGAUGGCUCCGACGACGAGCCCGAGGAGCCCGAGGAGGCCGACGAGUCCUCGGACGCCACCGGACGGCCACGCGAGGAGCCGGCAUCGCCCGAACUCACGCCAUCAACUACCCCGAAGCCGAGCGGCGCGGCUACUGGUACGAGAUCUGGCGCCGAGUCCGGCAAGAAGACCUGGAAGGAUAAGUGCGAGGCGUCGAAGCAGAAGCUGCAAGCGAAGGCGGAGCGAUGCGCAGCGCAACGCGACCAAAUUAGGAAGUGCCAGCAGAAUCUCGAGACCGCGCUGCGAAAGUGCGUCGACGACACGGGCAGUGCCGAGGCGCCUGACAACGGCGUCGCUCCCAUGGACGUCGACGCGCCGACGGCCACUACGGCGGAGACGUCGGGCGAGCCGCUCGCUGAUAGACGAGUUGCGAAUGACGUCGUGUCGAUAGGGGCGGCGGACCAGCGCGACGCCGAGCCCCUGGAACUUCCGGAACCCGGCGUUGGUGGCGAAGACAUCUGCAUGGUAGGGAUCACGUGCGUCUUCACCGGCACUUUUCCCGAAGCCGGCGGCGGCGAGGGUUUGAAUCUAGGGAAGGAUAGAGUGAAGGCGCUGGUCGAGGCCUUUAGUGGGAGAGUAGUGAGCGCGGUCUCAAGCAGGGUUCAGAUACUUGUCGUCGGCAAGGAGCCGGGCAUCAACAAGGUCAUCGAGGCACGGAAGAGGGGCAUCAAACUAAUGACGCUGCGCGAACUCGUCGAUCACAUCAAGAUCGGCGACUUUUCUAGCGAGGUGCGACCGUUCAUCAUCAACGGAAAGUUCUCGGAGGGCUGGGACGGCAACGCUGCGAAAAAUGCAAGUAAGGAGGAGCUGGACUUCGCGCGCGGCGUCGGCCCGAGCCCGUGGGGCGAGGUAUUGAGUGGUCCCAUUGCGUUAGAUGUUCGUGCGGUCGUGGAGCGGGCGUUUAAGUCUGGCCACGAGGAGGUGCUCGUCGAGGAGGGGGGUCGCGCAUUACUAGUGAGCCUCGUGGGCUGCGUCACCGAUCCCAAAAGGAAGAACAGCGUUCGAGUGCUGUUCGAGGUGUGCGCGAAGCCGAAGACGGACAAUGAAGUCGCGGAAGCGGAGGACGCGUACGUCGGGUACAACGUCGAGCUCCUGCGGAAGGACAAAGAAGGACACGGCGGUUCGGUGCUCAAGGGCAGCGGUGUGCCUCAUGUCUUAGUUCACGCAAAUUGGCCUCCGCCGCCCAUGGGUGGCUUCAAAACUGCUGGUGAGAUGCUGCGUUUCUGUGGUCUCGACGAACGUCACGCUGCGCGCUUCAACGAUGUAUUAUUACGAAGAGCUCGAGACGGCUGGAACAAUGUGAAUGGGGACGGCCGGAGACUCCCCUGUGUGACCUAUAAGACGCUCAUCGCGAUGGCGGCAGCCCUCGCCGGCGAGGUGAGCUCCGACCUGCCAUUCGAUGAGUGGCGUGUUGCUGCCGAGAAGGAGCUGAACGGCCGCGUCGUCCUGACCGACGCCGUCCACACCUGGAAAACGAACGACGCCGUUCACUACAACUUGUCGAACGGGCGGCGGAAGAAGCCCGAGCCCCGACACGCCGAGGCGGAACGGACUGCCUCUGCCACGGCGACUGCCUUGCACGAUGCGUUAUUCGCGCCGGGCCACGUGCGUGUGGUAAUCAUGACCGGCGAACGCCCGGGCCGGACGCUCCCAAAGCCGUAUGCUUUCAGGAUGGCCGACUGCACGGAGUCGAUCAACUCGGCGGUCAACUUUGUGCGGAUCCUGUGCGGUGCAAAUGCGGUCAAGUAUCCACUUGGCCUACCAAGCCAUCGAGCGACGCUUGGCUUUAGUAAAGAUGGCGUCGCGACGCUCUUCAUUGCGACCCCGCACCCGUGCACCAACACGCACGCCCAUUAUUACGUGGCGUUGAUGGUGCGGCUCUUCCUGCUCGGCGGCGGCAUCCCCGAGGGCGGCCUCAUCUCGUGCGAGGAGAGCGUUGCGGCCAAGUCGUUUUUGCAUGGGUACACUUUGGGCAACCCGUUCCCGAAGGGCAACGGCGGCGGCGUCGCGCUCGCGUCGACGCCCGAGGCGAAGGAGCGGGCGCGGGCGGUCCAGUUCAAGAAGGGCACCUCGCAAAUCAACGGCAUGGGCAAUUGCUUGUCUGAAGAAGCGCUGCGGAAUUGCCGGGAGAACAUGGUCAGAAGUGUCUUGGAGAAGGCCGAGGCCGAGGCCAAGAAAUCGGGCAAGUCCUUAGAUGAUGUGAUCGAUAGAAUCUUAUUAGAAAGAGCCACUGCCUGCGCUGCGGCGGCGGCGGCGAAGGCGCGCGAGCCCUUCGGUGCGUCGCUAUUUAUGGCCACGUACAAGGACAUGAUGGACACGGGGGUCGCGACGGUGCGGGAGCGCGCGCUGAAACGGCAGCAGGAGGAAGCCCGCGAAGCCGCCGUGAAGCUUGCGAAAACAACUGCAUCUCGUGCGUUAUCCAGAGCGAAGCAGGGUAAGCCCGGUGCCGUCGGUGAUCGCGUCUCAGUGGGUGGGCGGGCGGGCGUCGUCGCGGCGCUCCCCGAAGGAAGAGGAUCCCGGUGGAAGGUACGACUCGACGGCGAGGCCGAGGCGCGUAGCGUGAACAUAGGCCGGAUUGAAUUGUCCAGCAGAGAACACGCCAUCAAAACAGCACAAGACGCGUCUGACGCGGUCAAGGCCGCGGCACCCGACCUAGGUGAUGACGCCGCGUCUGUCGUCCGCGCCGAGCACGCCGUCCGUGCGGCGCAAGCCAAGCCCAUUGCCGACGACGUCGUCGCAGCGGCGAACGAGUGGAUUAAGGCUGCGCGCGCGGUCGUAGACGAAGUGGACUUGGCCGCAAAGCCCACCAAGCGUACUGAACGCAACGCUGCGGAGACCUUGUUCGCCGAGCGCGAGGGAGCAGUUAGGGAAGAGGGAGCUGCGCUCGAGCGCGUCGCGCGGGAGCGGAAGCGCGUCGAACUCGACGCGGCCUGGGCCCUGUUCGCAUCGGGUCGCGUCGCGGACGCCGCUGCUAGAGCCGCCGAGGCUGGCGGUCCAGCGGCGUCGGAAGACAUCAAGCGCUACUCGGACGCAGCGGACGAACUCAAGAGACUAGCUGACGCAGUCGUCGCCGAGAUGGACCAGACCGCCAAAGACGUCGCACGGGCUCGCCGCGACGACGCCAAGGUUCUCUAUCAGGAGCAGUUGAGCUGCGUGCUCGGGGCCGAGAAGAAGCGGAAGCGGGACGAGAAAGAAGAGAAGCGACGGGAACGCGACGCCAAGAAGGCCGAGGCCGACGCCGAGAAGAAGCGGAAGCGCGACGCCAAGAAGGCCGAGAAGAAGCGGAAGCGCGAGGAGGCCAAGGCCAACAACUCGCCACUAUCUCGCGAGGAGAAGGCGUUCAUCGUGGCGCAGCACGAGCUCGGCAAGGGUUUCUCGGAGAUCGCCGAGUUGAUGGUGAACCGGAGCCCUGACAAGGUGCGGGACUUCCACAGGCGAGCGAGGGAUGAAAAGACGCGCGCUGAGCGUAACCGGCGGGAGCGCGAACGGACCGCGGCAGCUGCUGGCCGUCCCGUGGGGCCGACGCGGUCGGCUGAUACAGUAAUUACGCGCAAUCCUCGCACGAGUAACCGGUCCGGCAUCAAGACACCGGAUACUUUUAGUGGUACGAGCUUCGACGAGGCGCGCCGCGUCCUGGAGGCGAGUGGCGCUACUUGGUCGGCGGUGGCUGCCGCAGCACUGUGGGUGCUCGACGCGCACGCGCGCGGUCCUAUCGAAGGCUUGGAUGUCCGGACUACGUUUCAUGCGGGGCCCGGCGACGACGUCUUCAUUAGGGACAGGGAACGGGGCAUCGUGUUCGACUCUACGUCGCGCGUUUUUGAGCCAAAUAAUUGGAAGAGCAAAGCAUGGGUUUUCCUCGCGGCGGACGCCGACCGCGGCGUCGCCGUCGUCUCGCUGCAGAAGGGCGACGGGCGCAGCGGCAUUGCCUGCGCAAUCGUACGCCGUCGCGCCGAGGAGUCCACGGACGGUCAGGUUCAGCUUGUGGUCGAGAAGUUGACGUGCUUAGUCGUCGUGCGGUCGCAGCAACGGGGACGAAGUGCGGCACCCGCGCCAGCACCAGUCGAGCGGCCGAUCCCGAUGCCGAGACGCGUGGCGGUGCCCGCGCCGGCGCCCGCCGCCGCCGCGGCGAUUGGCGAUACCAUCUGCCACAUGUCCCUCGUGUUUACUGUUGACGUCGUGCGCAAAGGUGUGUCCGAGGGUGUGUGGUGGAUCGAAAGACGGUGCAAGUCCCUACGCUACUACAUUUUCAAGGACCCGUCCAUCGGCGACUCGCAAAGCUUCCACCUAGAUGGAUGGUACGAGACCGAGAGCCACAUCUUGGUGGACAAGAUGUGGCUCUCCAUACGAGGCGACGUGGUCCGCGGCUACGGCUUUUCGCGGUCCGAGGCGUACGCUGUGGUCGGCGAUCACACCGACGACAGGCUGGAGCUGCGGAAGCUACGCGUCGCUGGCGUGACGGCCGCAUCCGAGCGGGGAGAGAUAGAAGCUGCUGCCAAGGCCGUCUGCGACGCGGCGCUCGCUGCCGGGGCGACCGCCGAGCCCGAGUCCGAGGAGGUCCCGGCGCCGGCGCCGGCGCCAAGCCAAGGCAUGCCCGACGCGCGGUCGACGCCGCCCCCGGACGCGCCGACCGGCCCCGAUGCAAAGCGGCACCAAGGCGACGCCGUCGAAUUAUGAUGAUUGAUUGGCUACGUACCGGUGUGCAAGGCGACGACGUCACACACGCGGCAGAGGAUUUGGAAAGUAUCCCACGGCUCAUGAUAAAACUGUUUGAGCGCUGCACCCCCGUGUAAAUAUACAUAUCCAGCCUAGUCCUCCAGAAGCGAGGCUUCGCAGACUCGUCUCGCUCGAGUCUCGCUCUCUAGUCUCGCUCCGGCCGCGGUGAGCGCCGCCCAGAAAUCUGGCCAGGGCGGUAGGCCGAGGCGCCCGCGGGGGGACGUCUAUGUGUCGAGCCCGGAGGUUUAGUAGUAAUUUGUCAAGCUGCUAGUGUCUCACGACCGCUAGCUUGUGGCCAAACCCAGGCCGACAAACUUGGCCGCCGACAAACGCACCCAACGCUCACAAAAGUAAAUCCCGCGUCCCAGACCCCCUUAAAAAAUCUGCGCCGAUCACAUACAACGCCCACUCGCCGAGAAAAUCCGCCGCGCGCUCGAAGACGUUAAAUUCACCCUGGAACAUGCCAGCAACCGAAGCUCGUGGCACGCAACGGGCGCCGGCGGCGCCACCAAGCCGCGCGCGGUUUGCGGCGCGCCGGCACGCGAGGCCGUGCGAACGACGGCGGCCGAAAACGCGCACAACACACAAGCCGGCCGCACGACGUUCUCGCGCGCAGGCACAC